AUGAAAAUUUCUAAUAACUCUUUGGGGUUUUUACCUAUGACAUUCAUUUUGGUUGGCAUCCCAGGGCUGGAGUCAGAGCACCUCUGGAUAUCCGUCCCCUUCUGCCUGAUAUACAUCAUCAUUUUCCUUGGGAAUGGCAUCAUUCUUCACGUCAUCAGAACAGAUAUUGCCCUACAUCAACCCAUGUACCUCUUUCUUGCCAUGUUGGCACUGGCCGAGGUUGGUGUCUCUGCAUCCACCCUGCCUACCGUGUUAGGCAUAUUCCUUUUUGGAAAUACUGAAAUUAGUCUUGAAGCUUGUCUUUUCCAGAUGUUCUCCAUCCAUUCUUUAUCCAUGAUGGAGUCAGCUGUGCUGCUGGCCAUGUCUUUGGACCGCUUUAUAGCCAUCUACAGCCCACUGAGCUAUACAGCUAUCCUAACACUGCCCAGGGUCUUUGGCACAGGAGCUAUUAUAGUACUGAAAAGCAUUAUUCUCAUGGCUCCGUUGCCCAUUCUCUUAUGGCGUCUGCCCUUCUGUGGCCACAAUGCCCUCUCACAUUCCUAUUGUCUGCACCCCAAUCUUAUCUAUCUAUCUUGUGGGAACAUUUCUGUUAACAAUAUCUAUGGGAUUUUCAUUGUUACCUCUACUUUUGGGCUGGAUUCGUUGCUGAUUGUGAUCUCCUAUGGGCUCAUACUCCACACCGUAUUGGGUAUUGCCACUGGAGAAGGGCGGAAGAAGGCACUCAACACAUGUGGCUCACACGUCUGUGCUGUGCUUGCUUACUAUGUGCCUAUGAUUGGCUUGUCUAUAGUGCACCGCCUUGGACAUCGUGUGUCCCCUCUGCUGCAAGCCAUGAUGGCCAAUGCCUACCUCUUCUUCCCACCUGUUGUCAAUCCUAUUGUCUACAGCAUUAAGACCAAGGAGAUCCAUGGUGCCAUUGUCCGAAUGCUAUUAGAGAAAAGACGCAGAGUGUAG